CGCAGACCUCACAGCUAGGAGACCAGGGUUCAAUUCCACCCUCUGCCAUCUCUGAGGUUUUCUCCGGGUACUCCGGUUCACAUUCCAAAAACAUGCUAGGUUAAUUGGCGACUCCAAAUUGUCCAUAGGUAUGAAUGUGAGUGUGAAUGGUUGUUUGUCUAUAUGUGCCCUGUGAUUGGCUGGCCACCAGUCCAGGGUGUACCCCGCCUCUCGCCCGAAGACAGUUGGGAUAGAUUCCAGCAUCCCCUGCGACCCUCGUCAGGAUAAGCGGUAGAAAAUGAGUGAAUGAAAAUGUAUAAAUGUCACUGAGCUGCACAGUGGACAAGUGGUUAAUUUCUGCCGUUACAUGCGAACCGUGAGCAUCUAAGUACCUUGAGUAUUGAGUAUGAGGUUUAGCUUAGCAAGUACUGCCGAAACAGGGUUUGGGUUUAUGUCCAUAGAUAAAGUACUGACUAGCAAAAAAAAAAAAAAAGAUUUAAUUCCUUUUUCAGUUAAAAAAAACCGAGAGAGCUUGUUGCCAGGCAACAGAGCAGCUCUCUUUUUAAAAUCCUACCUCAUGGUUGUUGCGUUUUAACAAUCAGGUCAAAGCGCGGCUCGUUGGUAACCAUGGCAACAACCUCAUCGCCACCGCUGGCUGCCAUCCGAAUGGAGAAAAGUUCACAGGUUUGAUACCUGUGCGUGAGGAUUCAGUGAGUAACCGCUAGAGGGCGCCAUCAUGCUUCUUCAAUAAUAACUCUUUUUCUUUUCUCUCUGUCUCCUUGCUCCCUACUUUCCUUUCCUCCUCUCCAGCUCGACUCCUUGUGUGUGUGGGUCUCUUCUCGUCUUUUGCAUUUGUGGAGACACACAUUGUGUGUGCGCGUGCGUGUAUGUGUAUGUGUGAGUGAAAGAGAUGAAAACAUCAAGUGUGUUCAAUUAAGAAAAUGACAGGGGGGGGAAGUGGAGCGGUCCAGCGGCGUCUCACAGAGGUUUGAUUACAGGUUUAAAUGUUACACAUCAAAAGUGGUCCCGACCCAAAAAGCAGACGACACCCAGCCGUCGUUAUUUUGGGCCUGGGCCUCCACUGAGGAAUGUUUCUGGUUCUGCUGGUUGGCACCAUGUGACACAGUCUUCAUUGAUAGAGGAGACGGAGAAGACAAGAGCUUGACUAAAAGGGCUCACUCCGUUCAUGCUGUUGUUCUAUGGAACAAACACAACUUGAUGUUGUUCACUGACACAAAAAUAUACAACAUUUCUUCAAUUUCUCUUUGGUAGAAAUGUCCAAUUCAUUAUCAUGACUGUAGUGGUGAAUGUGUGAUGCAGCAGUGUGUGUAAUGUCGUCCAUGUUGCCGGUUUCCAUUGAAUGUGUUACACCAACGCUCCCUUUUUCCGUUUUACUCGGUCUAUCUGUCUUUCCCUGUCUGCCCGUUUGUUUGUCGCUGUCUGUCUGUCUAUCUGUCUGUCCCUGUCUCAGUUUCUCCACAUCUGCUUAAAAGAGAAAAACAGCAGAUUCUGGAUGGAGCGUACCAACUCACACACACAGUUCUCUGAAGGGGGGUGUGUUCGUUUAGCUUAAACGCAUCACUUUGUACAUUUUACGGCAAGUUAGCAUACCAGACGUCAGCGAUUAAAUUAAAUAUAACAUUAUACAUAACACAUGUUUACAAAAUAACUUAUAUUUAUUUGAGGCUAUUUUAUACAGUAGUAAUAGCGGUGCCGUCUCAAUUCUCCCCGUCCAUAAACCACAAAGUGGUAUUGUCCAGACGGGGACGAGCGCGCGCGCACACACACAUACACACACACAUUAAAACGAGGCAGGUUGUGUUCGAUUCGUGUCAUUUCUCCCGUGGAUUUAUUCGUCGUGUGGUACCGGUACCAGUAAGUACCGAAGGCGCUCGGCAUACAGAAAGCUACAGGACGUCUGGUUCUGGUACCGGCUGCUUUCCCGCCGCCUUAAUGAGACUCCUUGGAUUGAUUUUUGUCCAUCCUGACUCCUUGCAGCCAUGACCUGCUGACACUCUUCAUUCACCUGUGGACAGCACCUCCUCUUUCCACCCUCCUCCGCUUCCCGCCAUGUUUGCUUCUCUUCCCUUCCUCUUCUCCUACCUCUCACUCCUCCUGCUCUCCCCCCCACUCCUCUCCGCUCCGGCGGCGCCUCCUCCCCCCCUGGUGGCGGCAGGUGGCAGAGCGGUGUACCAAGUGUUUGACACCUCCCUCACCCACCUGACCGUCCACAAGAGGACGGGUGAGGUUUUUGUCGGAGCCGUCAACCGGGUCCUCAAACUGUCGGCCAACCUGACUGAGCUGAGGAGCCACAUGACCGGACCGGUGGAGGACAACGCUAAGUGUUACCCCCCACCCAGCGUUAGGGCGUGCGCUCACCGCUUGGAGUCGCUGGACAACGUGAACAAGCUGCUCCUGGUGGACUACACCGGGAACAGACUGGUGGCAUGCGGCUCCAUCUGGCAGGGCGUCUGUCAGUUUCUUCGCUUGGAGGACCUCUUCAAACUGGGGGAGCCUCACCACCGCAAGGAGCACUAUCUCUCUGGUGCCAGGGAGGCUGACGGGAUGGCAGGUGUGGUUGUCGGCGAGGACGACUGGACAAGCGACCCCAAGAAGAAGAAACCAGCCAAGGACGGCAGCCGUCUCUUCAUCGGCGCCGCCAUCGACGGAAAAUCGGAGUACUUUCCCACGCUGUCCAGCAGGAAGUUGGUGUCCGACGAGGAGAGCGUCAACAUGUUCUCGCUGGUCUACCAGGACGAGUUUGUCUCCUCUCAAAUCAAGAUCCCGUCGGACACGCUGUCCCUCUACCCGGCGUUCGACAUUUAUUACGUGUACGGCUUCUCCAGCCGCACCUACGUCUACUUCCUGACGCUGCAGCUGGACACGCAGCUGACGCAGAUGGACGCCGGCGGAGAGAAAUUCUUCACCUCCAAGAUUGUGAGAAUGUGCUCCAACGACACGGAAUUCUACUCUUAUGUGGAAUUUCCUCUGGGAUGCACCAAGGAUGGUGUGGAAUACCGACUGGUCCAGGCCGCUUACAAGCAGAAACCGGGACGACGCUUAGCUCAGGCGCUUGGCCUAUCGGAGGACGACGACGUGCUGUUUGUCAUCUUCUCCCAGGGUCAGAAAAACCGCUCCAACCCGCCCAGAGAGACGCUCUUGUGUCUGUUCACACUUCAUGACAUCAACCUGGCCAUGAGGGAGAGAAUACGCUCGUGUUAUCGCGGUGAGGGACGACUGUCGUUACCGUGGUUACUCAACAAGGAGCUGCCCUGCAUUCAUACACCCAAGCAGAUCGGAGAUGACUUCUGCGGUCUGGUGUUAAAUCAGCCACUUGGCGGUCUGCGAGUCAUCGAGGGCAGCCCGUUGUUCGAGGACCGCACGGAGGGCAUGGGCGCAGUGGCGGCCUACACGUACGGCGAGCACACGGUGGUUUUCGUGGGGACGCGCAGUGGCCAACUCAAGAAGAUCCGCGUGGAUGGAGUCCCGCCGCCUUCCAAUAAUGCUUUGCUGUAUGAGACGGUGACCGUAGUGGAAGGGAAACCCAUCCUGAGAGACAUGAUGUUUAGUCCAGACCAGUUGUACAUCUACCUGCUCAGUGACAGACAGGUGAGCAGAUUUCCUGUGGAGACAUGUGAGCAGUAUCAGUCUUGUUCCGAGUGUCUGUCCUCAGGAGACCCGCAUUGUGGAUGGUGUGUCCUCUACAACAAAUGUUCCAGACGGGAAGCAUGUCAAAAGUGGGCAGAGCCUCAGCACUUCAACACCCAGCUGGAGCAGUGUGUCAACAUCUCCGUUACCCCUAGCAACAUGUCCGUCACCGCACCCGCCACGCAGCUGACCAUACACGUGCACAAUGUACCUAUGCUGUCCGGGGGCGUGUCCUGCGUCUUCGAGGACAUCAGCGAAACCCCGGCAGAGGUUGUGGGCAAAGAUCAGGUGACAUGCACUUCCCCGACGCUAAGAGACCUGCCGGCACAUUCCUACGGAGAGAAACGAGACAUCCAACUCAGUCUUCGAUCCAGUGAGACGGGACGCAACUUCAUCAGCACCAAUCUGACCUUCUACAAUUGCUCCGUGCUCAACUCGUGCACAUCCUGUGUGAGCAGCAUGUUUCCAUGUCAUUGGUGCAAAUAUCGUCAUAUAUGCACCAACAAUCUGGAGGACUGCUCCUUCCUGGAGGGGCGGGUCAGCACCUCCCAGGGCUGUCCUCAGAUCGUACCCACGUCAGACAUCUUGGUUCCGGCCGGUCUGGUUCGUCCAAUCACGUUGCGAGCCCGUAACCUUCCUCAACCUCAGUCGGGACAGAAGAACUACGAGUGUGUAUUUCACAUUCAAGGAAAAGUCCAACGCGUGCCAGCGGUCCGCUUCAACUCGUCCUGCAUUCAGUGUCAGAACACCUCGUACUGGUACGAGGGUACAGAGGCCGCUGACCUUCCAGUGGACUUCAACAUUGUCUGGGAUGGAGACUUCUUGAUUGACAAGCCGGUGUCCAUGAAAGCGUUAUUGUACAAGUGCGAGGCACAGCGCUCCAGUUGCGGUCAGUGCCUGAAAGCCCCGCCCUCCUUCGAAUGCGGCUGGUGUGGCGAAAAUAGGAAGUGCGUGCUGCGCCAGCACUGCGCGGCGCCCGAACACAGCUGGAUGCACCACGGACGCCACAACGUGCGUUGCAGCCACCCUCGCAUCACCAAGAUCUCGCCACUGACGGGCCCUCGUGAGGGAGGCACCCUCGUGACCAUUGAGGGGGAGAACCUGGGCCUGCAGGUGAAGGAGAUUACGCAUGUUCAGGUGGCCGGUGUGCGCUGUAACCCCGUCCCAUCGCUGUAUGUCAGCGCCGAGAGGGUGGUGUGUGACAUGGCGGAGGCGUUGCUGCCUCAUUCUCCAGGCGGUUCUGUGGAGCUGUGUAUUGGCGUGUGCAGUGCAGAGUACCGCACCAUGUCCACUCAGACGUAUGCCUUUGUGAGUCCAAGUUUCAGUAGUGUUGGUCCAGAGAGGGGUCCAGUUUCUGGGGGAACCAGACUGACAGUAAAGGGUCGGAACUUGGACGCCGGCAGCAGUGUGUCCGUCUUCAUCGACAAGGACGAGUGUCUCUUUGUCAAACGCACCAAUCGAGAGGUAGUCUGCAUUACUCCCGCCUCCCCAUCUGGAGUAGGACCAGCCCCUAUCCGCUUGAUGAUUGACAAGGCAGAAGUGACCAGCUCGGAGACUAAAUACCUUUACACGGAGGACCCCACCAUCACUGCCAUUGAACCCAACUGGACUAUUCUCAACGGCAGCACAGUGAUAACAGUUACAGGAACCAAUCUGCUCACCAUCCAGGAGCCCAAAAUAAGAGCAAAAUAUGGCGGCGUGGAGACCAAUAAUUUCUGCACCGUGGUCAACGACAGCGCCAUGACAUGUUUGGCUCCCGGGCUGGUAUUCGGCAAAACAAAGCCACCAGAGGGAGCGCUGCGUGCUGAUGAGUUUGGCUUCAUCUUGGAUCAGGUGUCCUCUCUGCUGGUGCUUAACUCUACCCCCUUCACACACUACCCCAACCCCAUCUUUGACUCUCUGGGGACCUCUGGGAUUCUGGAGGUCAAGCCAGGUUCUCCCAUCAUCCUCAAGGGAAAGAACCUGGUCCCACCUGCUCCUGGCAACAGCCGCCUCAACUACACAGUCCUCAUUGGGGAGUCUCCAUGCUUGUUGACUGUUUCGGAACAUCAGCUCCUCUGUGAUUCGCCGGAGCUGACCGGGGAGCAACGUGUGGUGAUCCUGGUGGGAGGUCUGGAAUUCUCCCCGGGAAUGCUGCACAUUUAUUCAGACAGCGCUCUCACAUUGCCCGCGAUCAUCGGCAUCGGAGCUGGCGGCGGCGUGCUGCUGGUGGCCAUCAUCGCUGUCCUCAUUGCGUACAAGAGAAAGACCCGCGACGCUGACCGCACGCUAAAACGUCUCCAGCUGCAGAUGGACAACCUCGAAAGCAGGGUGGCGCUAGAGUGCAAGGAGGCGUUUGCCGAGCUGCAGACUGACAUUCAGGAGCUGACCAAUGACAUGGAUGGAGUCAAGAUUCCCUUCUUGGAAUAUCGCACUUAUACCAUGAGAGUCAUGUUCCCUGGAAUAGAAGAACACCCCGUACUCAAGGAGCUGGAUUCUCCAGCCAACGUGGAGAAAGCCCUGCGACUUUUCAGUCAGCUCCUCAACAACAAAAUGUUCCUGUUGACCUUCAUCCACACGCUGGAGGCUCAGCGGUCCUUCUCCAUGCGCGACCGUGGCAACGUGGCCUCACUGCUAAUGGCCGCGCUGCAGGGUCGCAUGGAGUACGCCACGGUGGUGCUCAAGCAACUGCUGGCUGACCUCAUUGAGAAGAACUUGGAGAACCGGAAUCAUCCCAAACUGCUGCUGAGGAGGACGGAGUCUGUGGCUGAAAAGAUGCUGACCAACUGGUUCACCUUCCUCUUGUAUCGAUUCCUCAAGGAAUGUGCAGGGGAGCCUCUGUUCAUGUUGUACUGCGCCAUCAAGCAGCAGAUGGAGAAGGGUCCCAUUGACGCCAUCACAGGCGAAGCUCGUUACUCUUUGAGCGAGGACAAACUCAUCAGGCAGCAGAUUGACUACAAGCAGCUGACCUUGAUGUGCAUCCCUCCGGAGGGCGAGGCUGGCACGGAGGUGCCAGUCAAGGUGCUGAACUGUGACACGGUGACGCAGGUCAAAGACAAGCUUCUGGACGCCGUCUACAAAGGAAUUCCCUUCUCACAGAGACUUCAGGCGGAUGACAUGGACCUUGAGUGGCGUCAAGGUCGCCUGACGAGGAUCAUCCUGCAGGACGAAGACGUGACCACCAAGAUCGAGAGCGACUGGAAGAGGCUCAACACUCUGGCUCACUAUCAGGUGACAGACGGCUCCCUGGUGGCGUUGGUCCAGAAGCAGGUUUCGGCGUAUAACAUCGCUAACAGCUUCACUUUCACGAGAUCGCUCAGCAGAUACGAGUCGCUACUGCGCACGUCCAGUAGUCCUGACAGUCUGAGGUCCAGAGCGCCCAUGAUCACUCCAGACCAGGAGACAGGAACAAAACUGUGGCACCUGGUCAAGAACCACGAGCACAGUGACCAGCGAGAAGGAGACCGAGGUAGCAAGAUGGUGUCCGAGAUCUACCUGACGCGUCUGUUGGCCACCAAGGGGACACUGCAGAAAUUUGUGGAUGACCUUUUUGAGACCGUCUUCAGCACCGCCCACCGCGGCUCCGCUCUACCUUUGGCCAUCAAAUACAUGUUCGACUUCCUGGACGAGCAGGCCGACAAACGCCAGAUCAGCGACCCGGACGUGCGGCACACCUGGAAGAGCAACUGCCUUCCUCUCAGGUUCUGGGUCAACGUCAUCAAGAACCCGCAGUUUGUGUUCGACAUCCACAAAAGUAGCAUCACAGACGCGUGCCUCUCGGUUGUCGCUCAGACCUUCAUGGACUCCUGUUCCACAUCCGAACACAGACUUGGAAAAGACUCGCCGUCCAAUAAGCUGCUCUACGCAAAGGACAUCCCCAACUACAAAAGCUGGGUGGAGAGGUAUUACAGAGACAUCGCUAAAAUGCCAAGCAUCAGCGAUCAGGACAUGGACGCUUACCUGGUGGAGCAGUCCCGUCUCCACGGCAGCGAGUUUAACACGCUGAGCGCGCUCAGUGAGCUUUACUUCUACAUCAACAAGUACAAAGAAGAGGUUGUGACGGCCCUGGAUCGUGAUGCCUACUGUCGCAAACACAAACUGCGUCACAAAUUGGAACAAGCCAUCAACUUGAUGUCGGGAAGCUGAGGAGACCUGCUCAUUGGACACUGGGCCUGGGGGGGCGGGGCCUUUUUUUCUGAACUGCACCAAUCAAUCAAUCAACGUGUUAUUUAUUUGCCAAUCCAUCACGGAGCCACUUGAGCGCUGGGCUGGCACCCAAUCGUCUGGGGCCUCGCGGGGGGCGGCACCAGUCAAAACCUCACCAUUGGCCAUAAAUGAGCACCAACCAGGAAGUGGACAAUCACGCCUGUUGAUUGUGUCUACAGUAUAAACCCUGCCCAUUUGACACGCCCAUUCACCCCCAACAGCCCCCAGCAGCCCUCAAUGGUCAACUAUGCUGCUCAGUGAUUGGCCAGCAGACCUUGUACGUGUUUACUGCCUGACCGAUCUAGACUGCGGCGCCCCUUUCGGAACAUUCCAGCGCCGUCUCGACCCGCCCCCUCACCCACCCCUUUCAGGCGGGACAUCAUCCGCCAUGAUGCGAAUACUGUGCCCAGCAACCAGUGCCAUGGAAAGACCGGGACCAGCAGAGCAGGACCGGACUUGGACCAAAGCAGAGAUCAAAGAUCAAAGCUCAAUUGGACUCAAAGAAAACAAAACAAUAACGUUUACACGAGUCAAGGAAGCUUAUGGUUGGUUCUUGGACAGGAAGGGAAGGAAAGCCACUACUGGACCAACACCACUGUGUGUGUGUGUGUAUGCGCGUGUGUGUGUGUGUGUGUAUGUUGUGGCGCAGCCCUUGACGUGCCACCUUUACUGUGGGGACGAAUGUCUUUUACGUGGAAAUUUUGGCUUGUCCACACCAAAACCACCCAUUAGAUUGUGUGUGUGUGUGUGUGUGCGUGCGUGUGCGUGCAGCAGACUGAAGAUGCUUGUGGGAAGUGGGCGGGGUCAGGUGUAAUUAGUGAAGUCACAACUCAUCAAAACACACAUACACACACAUUUAAAGGGUAUUUAUUGUUUUAUUUGGUUUUAUUUAUUGUUUACAUUUUUAUUUAUUAUGGGUGCCAACCAGCCAGUGUUUGACCUUGACACUUGACGUCAGACACUUGACUGUAGAGGAAGCGCGGAGCUGACGAUGGGAUUUGUUCGGCCCCGCCCACUGGACAUGAAUUGAGGGGUGGAGUAGCCCUCCUCUACCCUCCCCCUCCUCCUGCAGACUUGUUGUGACUGUAUCAUAGCAGCAGCCAAUCAGUCGAGCAGACGUCUACAUUAGAUUGUGUUGCGGCUUCGCCUCAUUGGGGGAAAAAAAAAACGUGAGGCAAAGUCGCCACUGCAGGACAUUUGACACUUGUCCAUGAUGUCAUCAAAAACAUUGAAAAUGAAAACAUGUUUGACUUUGAAGUGUAACCAUGACGACUUGCUCCAUGUAAUAGCCUGUGUCUUUUUUUUUUUUCUACAUUGCCAUUGCCUUUUGUUUGUACACUGUGACAUCAUCACUGAAGUGUAAACAAUGCCUCACUUGUCUCUCGGCUCAUUAGUUGUGACAGCACACUCACUAUCACAUCAUCUUUAGCCUCCUGUAGCCUUAAGCAGCGAGUAUGACAAAUUUGUGUGAAGGCGCUGUGAUUGAUACACGCUGUGUUAGAGAAGAGAGCUUUAUUUUGAAAGACCUUCACAUCCUGCAGAAAAAAAAAUCCACUGAAAUAUUAGCUAGUGUUGGGGUUAAUCCGCCCAGCAACAGCCCAGCCCGUCCAUCUUCUGCAUCAUUUAUGAUUGGGUGGCAGCCGGUCACAUGACCACUUCCAUGUUUAAUAAAUGAGGAAAAUUGGAUGCUACUACGGUUAGCUUGGCUGCCUGCUACGUCACAUCAAGUGAAAGGUCACAGGGUCAGCGUGUCCUCUGUCCGUGUGAUGUUUCCUAAUCGUUUUAACCGUGACGGCGCUAUACCCCCCUCCCAGCAGGACGCCACGUUAGCCUGUGAAUGAACUGCCAGGAAUGGGGGGCUGCAUGUUGCUGAUAACAGCACUCUGGCGGAUGGUGGGGGUGUUGGAAAGAAGCCAAGCAAAAUAAAAGUGGAGCAGCAACAUGGCUGCCGCUUCGGUGAGCAAAAUGUGUCCCAAAAAAAAGAUAAAAGACUAUCCUUUCCCCCAAAACACACCCCACUCCCUAGCGUCCUCUACAGGCUGGAAAGAAACUUGGCAAAACAAUCUGGUCUGACAUAAAGAAGAUGACUUCGAGCGCCACCUACCGACUAUGAUGUUAAUGAGACGAGUGCAGAAAGACUGCAGUGUGUGGGGGUGCGCGUGUGUGUCUGCGGAACAACAACGACACCUGCAGGUUUUCCCUGGUGUUGCAGGCUACAUACUGUUUUCCAGCCAUCACUACCUUAGCUACGUUACCCAAAGGGGAGGUACUAACUCGACUGGUCACAAUUUAAAAUGUCAAGAAAGCCGGCUGUUUCUGCGGCCCUCAGAAACUGUAUACAUAGUACCAAUAGUGUCCAUAUUGAAGUCAGAGGUUUAACUCAGCGCCAACAUAUUUGCUUGCUUCGUUCCAGUUUUCCAUACCUUAGCGGCAAAUGGAACAGUCCAUUGCAUGAGAAGGGAGGGGAGCGGUCGAAACACUUAUGAAAGAUUACGCAUUUUGAUUUCGUUUUCAGCAGGUGAAUUAAGACCAAAACUGUAGUAUGUACC